AGACUGUUGCGCGGGUUGAAGCGACGGUCGCCGACAAUAUGGCAGAAAUCAAGAUCUUUGGCCUCGGAGAAAACUGCAAGCCAUUGUGGAAAGAUGCUGGUGCAAAGUACGACGAAACAGACGAACAUUUAGUUAUCAUGGGUAAGCCGGUUAUGGAGCGUUGGGAAACACCGUACAUGCAUAAACUGGCUUCAAUAGCAGCAUCCAAAGGUGGCCGAGUCCUUGAGCUUGGCUUCGGACUGGCUAUUUCGGCGACGAAAAUUCAGUCCUUUGCAGUAGAUGAACACGUCAUAGUAGAAUGCAAUGACGGAGUCUUCAAAAGGCUGGAGGCAUUUGCUAAAACGGCCAAGCAGAAGGUGACACCUCUGAAAGGUCAGUUGUGAGGUCAAUCAAUCAACCAAUCACUCAAAAAUCAAUCAGUCAAUCAAUCAAAUUUAUUACGACUAUAUAAACGACUAUGACUAUAUUCUUGAUGGACAGCCUAUUAAUUCAAUUUCAACCAGCUACAGUGAAGGUAGCAGACGGUUUCUUUUCUGGCAAGGUUUUUGGCAUGUAUGAAGUUGUUCAGACCUUCUAAAGGUAUUUUGCAUGGUUGGUUUGUUUACAUCCCCUCCAACUAACUGAAGGCUUUUUAGGGUAAAAUUCCAACAAGUGAAUUGACCUUGAAACAGCAAAUCUUGUGUAAUUUGUGCACCCCUUGGUUGAGUACUGGUUGCUACUAUCGGUCGACGUGUCAGUCAAGUAUUGAUCACCAUAUCGGUUGACUGUCGGUUGACAUGUCGAUAGAUAUGUUGGUCGACACUCAUCCGAUAUGUCAGCCGGUGUAUCGACCAACAUGGCGACAAAAAUGUUGGCUGAUACACCAGUCAGUAUACCAGUCAGCACUCGAACAAUACAAGCUUAAGGGGUGUCAAUUGUUGGUGGAAUAUCAGUUGACUAAUUGGAGGUGCAUCGGUUGACUGUCGUUUACCACAAAUUCUCUAUUAAGCCCCCCAGGGGGCUUAUUUAUUUCAAGCCCAUCUAAUGGGGGGGGGGCUUAUUUGAGAGGGGGGGGGGUUAUUUAAUUUAGAAAGACAAUGGUAUCAGUUCUCCCUAAAGACCUAGAAUACAAAGUAGGUAAAGGUUGGAGGUUAUGCAGCCAAGGAUCAAAAACAAAUCAGAACUUCCAGUUGGUAAAUAAACUAUCCUGGAUCAGUCCACUCAAAGUUAAACAGUCGUGAUUGAUUAUUAAAAUACAGUCUAUUAUUAUUAGAGGGCUUAUUAGAGGGAGGGGGCUUAAUAUUGGAUUUACAGUAAUAGAAUUUGUGUUUUAAAAUCAGAAAGGGGAAUCUGCAUGGUUUCAGUGUUACAUGCAAGAUGUAGCAGUCCAGGGGUUUGAAAAUAGUUUCCUUUCUGUUGUUUGUGUCAACCCAGGUCAGCCUCAGCGCGUCAACUUGUUGAAUUUUUGCUGUGGCUCUAUGCAUGUUAUAAUGUUAGAUUGUCCAUCAAUACCUCUCAGAGGCAUGCCAUAGUGGUCCCUAUUUUUUUCCAAAAAAAAAAAAUGCACACACUUGACAUUAUACUCUCACAUUAGGCUAGGUAUUUUCAGGAAUGCCCACAUGUUUUCCUGAAAGGUACAUAUAUAUGCAGGGCUGUUAAUGUGGAGGGAGCGACCAGGAGUACUUCAAUGACGCUAUAUAUGUUACAGGUCAAAAUUGAAUUCAGGUUAAGUUUUUUUAACCUAGGUUGAUUCUCAAUUGUCUCCUAGUCUUAGGCCUAGGAGAGAGACAAAUGAAAUUGAGAAUCAACCUAGGAUAACAAAUUUUAACCUGAAUUUAAUUUUGACCUGUAGUAUAUAUACUGCACUGAAUUGGAUUCCAAUCUGAGUGAGACUGCAAAGAAAGAAAUGCAAGGUGCAGCUGAUGGUGCUGGACCGGAUUGAAUGGACAUGUAAAAAUCCAUUAAAACUAAAUUAAGAGACAAAAAAUAAAAGGCGAUGAAGGCUAUGCCUUGAGUAGUUGUUAAAGUAAAGAAUAUAAUGGGUUAAGUGCAAAGCCGGUCUCAUUGGUGUUGUUUGCCAAGUAUCAUUGUCAUGUAAUGAUGUUCAGAAUAUCUUAACUAUGCAUGUACCUCUCAAGAUUUUAUUCCUUAUCAUCAAUAACUAUUGAUUGUUAUGUAAUGUUUAAUAAACAAGCAGCAUGCAGUGUACUAUUGGGUUUAGAUCCAAUAAGACACAUGCUGUGAGUUUAUGAAGUGACUUCAAAGACAUUUCUGGAAAAGCAUGUCUCAAUGGAGUUGAUAACAAUGACGCUUGAAUUUUGUGAAAUGACGGGAAUUAGCAUACAAGAAAAACAUUAUGUAAGAAAUUAUUAUUCAAGAAAAUCAAAUCUCACACAUGUUUAGAAAUCUUCCAGGGUACGAACAACACCAACCGAAGAGAACAUGGUGUCUUGUUCCAUUCCUUUUCGGAAGCUAAAAAAUUCUGAGGAAGAGAGAAAGUUAAUCCAAAAUGGUACCCUAAAGUCAACAAGCACAGUGAAAAAGUAGUCUUUUUAAAAAUUUUUCUGGAAUGGCCGAAUGGUAGCAAGUCAUUCAUUGGGUAAUUACAGUGCUAAAAAAUUACACCAAGAAUUCCUAGGAGUACCCCCCUGAGACCCUAAAGAGAAUAAAGGACCACUCAUAGUCUAACAAACCGCUGACUUUAUAUCAUUUAAGGCACAACGAAAGUAACAAACUCUUUGGCAAGCUUUUUCACACAUAGAUUCAUGAAUUUUUUUAUCUUUCUAUUCCCAUAGGCCUGUGGGAGGAGGUAGUGCCCUCCCUUGAUGAUGAAUCAUUUGAUGGCAUCAUGUAUGACACGUACCCCUUGUCAGAGGAAACAUGGCACACUCAUCAGUUCUUGUUUAUCAAAGACCAUGCCUACCGUCUCCUUAAACCAGGAGGAGUGCUGACCUUCUGCAAUCUGACGUCUUGGGGAGAGUUGCUUAAGACAAAAUAUAAUGACAUUGAGAAGAUGUUCGAGGAAACACAAGUCCCUAAGUUACUGAAAAGUGGUUUUGUAAGAGAGAACAUAUCAACUGAAGUUAUUGAUGUUGAUGUUGAUCCCAAUUGCCUCUACUACAGUCACAGGAAAAUGAUUGCUCCUACUGUUACAAAGCUUUAAACUCCAACAAUUUUUUUUUAAUUUUUAGCUGGGGUUUUUGUUGACACCAAUUAUGUGCCCACUUUUGUCCCUACCAAAUAUACGGUUUUAUUGAAUGGGUGUGGCCAAACAUUAUUAAUCUGAGCUUUGAGCUACUACAUAAUGUAUACUUUGUUACAUCAUUUAAUAUACACAUGCAUUUGUAUUGAAAUAAAAUGGUAAACUUAAAAUAAUAUAUUCUGUACUAAACCCUG